AAGUCAGAAGCUACGUUACCCAAUUCCCUCCAACCAUACUCUCGCGAGACUGCGCGAGGAGGGCACAAGUUGGAGGAAACAUGGCGACGUCUAAUUUGUUAAAGAAUAAAGGCUCCUUGCAGUUUGAGGACAAGUGGGACUUGAUGAGGCCCAUUGUUCUCAAGCUGCUGAGACAGGAGGCUGUCACCAAGCAGCAGUGGUUCGACCUCUUCUCAGACGUCCAUGCUGUGUGUCUGUGGGAUGAUAAGGGCCCAGCUAAGAUCCACCAGGCCCUCAAAGAAGACAUCCUAGACUUCAUCAAACAAGCUCAGAACCGUGUGUUGAGUCACCAGGAUGACACAGCGUUGCUGAAGGCCUACAUUGUGGAGUGGCGAAAGUUCUUCACGCAGUGUGACAUCCUGCCCAAACCCUUCUGUCAGCUGGAGAUCACACUGAUGGGGAAGCAGGGCAGCAACAAGAAGUCUAACGUUGAGGACAGCAUCGUACGCAAGUUGAUGUUGGACACAUGGAACGAGUCAAUCUUCUCCAACAUAAAGAGCCGUCUUCAGGACAGUGCUAUGAAGCUGGUUCAUGCUGAAAGACUGGGAGAGGCUUUUGACUCCCAGCUGGUUAUAGGAGUACGAGAAUCAUACGUCAACCUGUGCUCUAACCCUGAAGACAAGCUCCAGAUCUACAGAGAUAACUUUGAGAAGGCCUACCUGGACUCAACUGAGAGGUUCUACAGAACACAGGCCCCAUCAUACCUACAGCAGAACGGAGUCCAGAAUUACAUGAAAUAUGCAGACACAAAGCUAAGAGAAGAGGAGAAGAGGGCAGUUCGAUACCUUGAGACUCGUCGUGAAUGUAACUCUGUCCAAGCUCUGAUGGAAUGUUGUGUGAACGCUCUGGUGACGUCGUUUAAAGAAACCAUCCUGGCUGAAUGUCCCGGCAUGAUCAAACGCAAUGAGACAGACAAGCUCCACCUGAUGUUUUCCCUGAUGGAUAAGGUUCCUAGUGGGAUAGAGCCCAUGCUGAAAGAUCUGGAGGAUCACAUCAUGAACGCUGGGCUGGCUGAUAUGGUGGCUGCUGCAGAGACUAUCACUUCUGACUCUGAGAAGUACGUGGAGCAGCUGCUGACCUUGUUUAACCGUUUCAGUAAACUGGUGAAGGAGGCUUUUCAGGAUGACCCUCGAUUCCUCACCGCCAGAGACAAGGCCUACAAAGCUGUGGUGAACGAUGCCACCAUUUUUAAACUGGAGCUGCCCCUCAAACAGAAAGGGGUAGGUCUGAAGACCCAGCCAGAGUCGAAGUGUCCAGAGCUGCUAGCUAACUACUGUGACAUGCUGCUGAGGAAAACAACCCUGAGCAAGAAACUCACAUCAGAGGAGAUAGAACUCAAACUCAAAGAAGUGUUGCUGGUAUUGAAGUAUGUUCAGAAUAAGGAUGUGUUUAUGAGGUACCAUAAAGCCCACCUGACCAGAAGACUGAUCCUGGACAUCUCAGCCGACAGCGAAAUAGAAGAGAACAUGGUGGAGUGGCUCAGGGAGGUGGGGAUGCCUGCAGACUAUGUGAAUAAGCUGGCGAGGAUGUUCCAGGACAUUAAAGUAUCGGACGAUCUCAACCAGGUCUUCAAGGAGAUGCACAAACACAACAAGCUGGCUUUACCAGCUGACAGUGUGAAUAUAAAGAUCCUGAAUGCGGGUGCUUGGUCGAGGAGCAGUGAGAAGGUGUUUGUGUCUCUGCCUACUGAGCUGGAGGAUCUGAUCCCAGAGGUAGAAGACUUCUACAAGAGGAACCACAGCGGAAGGAAACUACACUGGCACCACCUCAUGUCCAAUGGCAUCAUCACCUUCAAGAACGAAAUGGGUCAUUAUGACCUGGAGGUCACAACCUUUCAGCUGGCUGUCCUAUUUGCCUGGAACCAGCGGCCGCGGGAGCGAAUCAGCUUCGAGAACCUUAAAUUGGCCACCGAGCUUCCCGAUGCUGAGCUACGACGCACACUCUGGUCUCUGGUAGCGUUCCCUAAGCUGAAGAGACAGGUGUUGUCCUAUGAGCCUUCAGUCUCCUCCCCUAAAGACUUCACAGACAGCACCCUGUUCUAUGUCAACCAGGACUUCUCUCUCAUUAAAAACUCCAAGGUCCAAAAAAGGGGCAAGAUUAAUCUGAUUGGUCGAUUGCAGCUGACCACAGAGCGAAUGAGAGAGGAGGAGAAUGAGGGCAUCGUUCAGCUGAGAAUAUUAAGAACCCAGGAGGCCAUCAUCCAGAUUAUGAAGAUGAGGAAGAGGAUCAGUAACGCUCAGCUACAGACAGAACUGGUAGAGAUCCUCAAGAACAUGUUCCUGCCCCAGAAGAAGAUGAUCAAGGAACAGAUUGAGUGGCUCAUCGAACACAAAUACAUCAAACGGGACGAGACAGACAUCAACACCUUUAUCUACAUGGCAUAGAACCCCUUUACCUGGAUUGGAACCAUCUACCUACUGCUUGACCUGGCUGGGCCCUCGCUGCAGCAGGAGGAAGAAGAAAUGCAGUAAGAGGAGGAGGGAGGAGUGGUUGUUUCAGAAGAAGAGGAAGGAGAAUAUCUCUGCGGCCUGGGGGGGGUUGGUUGGUUGGCUGGCUGGCUGUAUGAGAUAGAUGGUGUAGUCUUCAGACUGUGGUGCCCCUCGGGGUCCAGGAGGAGAAGGACAGGAGGACAGUGGGGCUGACUGACAGUCUCAGUAUCACAGUAGAGACAUUAUUAAAUAAACUCUCCCUGCCUUACCCUCCUUACGCAGUCCGCACAGAGACAGACAGGAGGACUAGUGGUCUAUAUCAUUAUGGAGUAGACACAGAGAGGAGUGUAUUUUGCCAAAUGUACUGUGUGUGUCUAUGUAUAUGUGUGUCUGCACCUUGACAGCUUGUUGCUCUGUGGAAGUCUUGCAAUCACCCGAGGACCCAUCGCGCGUGCGUGUGUGCGUAUCUCACUUUCCUCCACCCCCCCUCACCCCCAACUGCCACACCCCUCAGAGAGGAUCAUGACUCCUCACAUAUCAGCCAGUCGCUGGGUGAGAACAAACGAGAACAUCAGCACUUUUCUGUGUUUCAGUGUGUCUGAAUGGCUUUAUAUAUCAAUUUCAUUCUACUUUUCAAUGCUCAUCAUUAUUUUUAUGAACACUUGUGUGUUGUGUCUCUCGCUUGUUAAAUGCUGCACAGCGUCAUCCAAUCGAUCGAAGUCACAAAGCUCUCUAGCGAUCUUUGAUUCUUCUCUCUCCCCCACCUAUAGCCAGUGCAGGACAGGACAUGACAGGUGUGUUAUUGUCAGACCAUGAGGGGGUGUCAUGACUGGUCAUGACCCAGGUUUCUUCCCAAAUGCCACCCUAUUCCCUAGGUACUGCAAUACAUUUGACCAGAGCUCUAUGGGUUAAAAAAGUAGCGUAUGUUCCCUAUAUACACUGCUCAAAAAAAUAAAGGGAACACUAAAAUAACACAUCCUAGAUCUGAAUGAAUUAAAUAUUCUUAUUAAAUAUUUUUUUCUUUACAUAGUUGAAUGUGCUGACAACAAAAUCACACAUUAUCAAUGGAAAUCAAAUUUAUCAACCCAUGGAGGUCUGGAUUUGGAGUCACACUCAAAAUUCAAGUGGAAAACCACACUACAGGCUGAUCCAACUUUGAUGUAAUGUCCUUAAAACAAGUCAAAAUUAGGCUCAGUAGUGUGUGUGGCAUCCACGUGCCUGUAUGACCUCCCUACAACGCCUGGGCAUGCUCCUGAUGAGGUGGCGGAUGGUCUCCUGAAGGAUCUCCUCCCAGACCUGGACUAAAGCAUUCGCCAACUCCUGGACAGUCUGUGGUGCAACGUGGCAUUGGUGGAUGGAGCGAGACAUGAUGUCCCAGAUGUGCUCAAUUGGAUUCAGGUCUGGGGAAUGGGCGGGCCAGUCCAUAGCAUCAAUGCUUUCCUCUUGCAGGAACUGCUGACACACUGCAGCCACAUGAGGUCUAGCAUUGUCUUGCAUUAGGAGGAACCCAGGGCCAACCACACCAGCAUAUGGUCUCACAAGGGGUCUGAGGAUCUCAUCUCGGUACCUAAUGGCUGUCAGGCUACCUCUGGCGAGCACAUGGAGGGCUGUGCGGCCCCCCAAAGAAAUACCACCCCACACCAUGACUGACCCACCGCCAAACCGGUCAUGCUGGAGGAUGUUGCAGGCAGCAGAACGUUCUCCACGGCGUCUCCAGACUGUCACGUGCUCCGUGUGAACCUGCUUUCAUCUGUAAAGAGCACAGGGCGCCAGUGGCGAAUUUGCCAAUCUUGGUGUUCUCUAGCAAAUGCCAAACGUCCUGCACGGUGUUGGGCUGUAAGCACAACCCCCACCUGUGGACGUCGGGCCCUCAUACUACCCUCAUGGAGUCUGUUUCUGACCGUUUGAGCAGACACAUGUACAUUUGUGGCCUGCUGGAGGUCAUUUUGCAGGGCUCUGGCAGUGCUCCUCCUGCUCCUCCUUGCACAAAGGCGGAGGUAGCGGUCCUGCUGCUGGGUUGUUGCCCUCCUACGGCCUCCUCCACGUCUCCUGAUGUACUGUCAAUCAGUGUUGCUUCCUAAGUGGACAGUUUGAUUUCACAGAAGUGUGAUUGACUUGGAGUUACAUUGUUUUGUUUAAGUGUUCCCUUUAUUUUUUUGAGCGGUGUAGGAAAAUAUAUAUAUAUAUUCCCUACUAAGGGAAAAAUAUUUGAUAUCCUAUAUAUGGAAUAGGGUGCCCCAGUAAAAUCCCUCCAGUGCAAUAGCUAGACAGCCCCUCCUACUAGAGCACUUCCUGUGAUGAGGUCAUGUUGCUAAAGCAACGGCACUGCAGUGUUGCUAUUAAUGUACCCUACCCACAACCUUUUACAGAAGACUGUGUGUUGCAGUAUGAUAUGAGUGGGGAGGGUGAUGAUAGAAGGGAAAAAAAUGUGUAGCUGUCGAGUGUUUGUAUGCGAGUGUUUGAUAAAUAGGCCCGGUCUGUAGCGGGCUACUAGGUGUACAUAGCCACUUAUUGAUUUGGAGUAAUGUUACAUGAUUAAACGUAUGAGACGACUUAAUAA